UAAUCAUCUAUUGAGUACUAGUAGUUCCUCUUAUAAUGAAAUAAAAAAAAAUUCUAUAGUCCUUAGUAUAAACACUCUUGGAGAAGGCAAGAAACAUGACAAGCAAUCUAAAGUCCACCUUAGAGGAAGUCCAUCUCCACCCCCUUCUAGUGUGGACGACCUUGUACCUGGAGAAUUCUUAAAGGAAAUAUUUGCACGCAAGUUUUGGAGUUGUUGUUGGAACAGUAGGGAGGAGGAGUAUGAGUUUGGUUUUCUGAACCAAAGUAUCACAAAGGGCCAGAUGUGGUAUCACGCACAGGCACUUGGGGACCUGUGUGUGGUACUCGAAAAUUACCAUCAGGCAUGUAUACAAGCCAAGUACUCUGGCAGAUCACUGCUUAUCUGCUCAGGGGUUGAACCAGAUGAGCCAGCCAACGACAUGCUGGCAAGUUUCUUCAGGGAUGUCGAAGACUUGGAGGUCAAACCUCUGCUAUGUGUGUGUUUCAAAGGCACAGAUGAUGAGAGGGCAGUAUCCAGAAAUCAUGGCCAUGGGAGGGAACCAAUACUGUUGGUGUUGCAUGCUAUUGGCUCCAACCUAGGAGUUGUUGCCCGUGCAGAAGAUGUCAAUCUCAGCACUUUUGAUGGAAGGGUCAUCCUCAAAGCCCUAAGCAUAAAGGAAAAAAAGGAAAAAAAGAAAAAGAGAAGGAAUGAAGACAACAAGAAAACUGUUGAUCACAAGACUGGCUAUGAUCCUGACAUGGAUUCUACAUCAGAUACAGGCGAAGAGCAUGAGGUUCACUUCAAAAGUGAAUUGUUGCAGACUUUCAUAGGGGGCAAUGACACCAAAAUAGAAGAAAACAACAAGCAACUCAUAAAAAGAAAAGCUAGGGGCAAUCAAGCAGAAAAGCAAAGAAGUUCAACAAGGGGAAAUAUAUUUAAUCCCAGAGCCGAAGAGAGGACCUCGUCGACUCACUCGAUUGCCUCGGACGGCAGACCUCAAUCACGAGACAAUACGCCAUAAUAAGGAUCUGAUUUUUAAAGAUUAAUUUAUUAUGUAUACUUAAUGAUAAUAAAACAGUGUUAGUGUGACAGCCUU